AUGAAGAAACAAGAAAUGGACUUGAACUUUAGUAGCUCCAAGGAGAUUCAGACCUAUAUCCAGGCAUAGAUGGGGUUGCCUCAAAGCAAUUCUGAUUCCCCAAUGUUGCGCCAUCUCAAAGACUUACAAGACUUGGAGGGGAAUUAUGUAGUCAAAGAUUUCAAGGUGAAUCAGUAUUCUCUCUAGACACUUAGCAUGGCUAGUUUUAUGAUAAUGUUCAGAACUUGCUUCAACCCAAUCGACUUUGAUGGAAGAAUACUCAGAGAUUUGAAGAAUAGCUAUAAGACAAAUGAGAUUGGUUUCUUUAUAACUGCUCUAUUCUUUGGAACUCUAGGCUGGUCUAUAAUUACCUAUAGAAGGAACUAGAUUCUACUGCUUAAGAAGAGAUUUGUGUUUUAGCAAUACAAAAAGCAAAAGUUUAUAGAGGAGAGUCUAAGAUUAAGAACAAGGGAAGAGCUUAUUGAAGACAAAGUGCCCAGAAUAGAAUAUAAAGAUUACUUUAAGAAAUGA